CAUUGUUCCUCAAAGCUUCGACCAACCCCACCUACGAUUGCCCUCGCUGUGUCAACGGACCCCAUAAGCGGCGCCAACACACUGGAACCUGGGCGCAUGGACUGCUGAAGAUAACUUUGAGGGUUGGGUUGCAGGUGGCCGGCGCCUCUCAUUAAGGCUCGCACGCCAGUUCUACGGUAUCGCUACCGGCGCUAUCACUGGAAACAAUAAGAUCAUAGAACCGCCUAAUAAGAACGAGUCGCCUACUACCGUCAUCCGCCGUUCAUCCCGUGCAUUGUCUACCUCUACCUACAUCUGAAAAAUCCGCGCGCACCACCUCAAAUCUCGUCCGUCAAAACCUGGCGCAUAACUCUCAGCCAUGUUUUUCCUCAAAGAACUGGAGAAGACGAUCCAGCUACAUCCUUCCUACUUCGGUCCCCUCAUCCGUCAGCACAUACAUCGGGAGCUACUUCAGAAGGAGGAGGGUUCGAGCACGGGAAAGUACACCAUUGUGUGCAUUCUGGACGCGUUUGAGAUCUCCGAUGGAAAAGUGAUGCCUGGGUCUGGUUCUGCGGAAUAUGUCGUACACUACAAGGCCAUCGUAUGGCGGCCAUACAAGGGAGAGGUGAUGGACGGUGUGGUCACUUCAGUGCUCCGUACAGGCUUUUUUGUCGACUGCGGCUCAUUACAAGCCUUCGUAGGCCGUAAUAUGAUUCCCUCAGACAUUACCUUCGACGCAAACGCCACGCCCCCACAAUGGACCGACAACGGAGAGCAGGUCAUUGAGAAGGGCACCAAUAUCCGCAUAAAGAUAAAAGGUCUCCGAUCUGAGGUCGACAAAAUGUAUGCUGUGGGGACGAUGAAAGAGGAUUACCUUGGCCCGUUGCCCUCUUAGUAUCGCAAUAGAAUGGCCUCACUUGGCAGGAAUUUAGGCGGCGAGAAACGACAACCUGGAACCUCAAAACACCUCGUCGUAGGCCACGUCGAGUAUGCGUCUUUAACGGGCAGCAACACUGAAAGGUCCAGUGACGCCGUAUUGGCGGGAACGGGUCUACAUAGACGGCGGGUUAAGUUCCACACAACGAUCUUGAGUAACAUCACAUAAGGCUAUGCUCCAAUUUCAAAGGCCAGUAGCAGGAGGGUAUACCCAAAAUGCAAGCCGUAAUAGGUCCGACAGGAAGGCAGGAGGCUUCUUAGUAUAUCAUUCCGACAAAUGUCCUGAAAAGGGCGUGAAUAGAAGACUUGUUCAUCUC